AUGCUCGCUCUACGAGACCAGGAGAACCUGGUGCACGCGCAGCAGACCUCUGCCGCCGCGAAGCCGCUCAACCAGAGCCUUCGACAGCUGCAGCCCAAGACGCCCGGCACCAGGGCCCCCAAGACGCCUUUCAAGGUCCCUCUGAACGACGAGAAUGAUCCUCUGGCGUUUGGAAAGAAGACCGUGAAGGGCAAUGGACUACGCAAUGAGAACAGUCUCAAACCGGCCAAAGAUGCCUUCGUCACCCCACUGGGGCCUCGAAACCGCGCUCCUUUGGGAAUGAAAACGACCAAUGCCAAGGCAAAAGGCCUGCAGACUCCAGCACCGCCGGGUGACACCGUGAAGCCAGAGAAGACAAAUCGAAAGAGCUCAACUACUCAGAAAGUGAAGAAGGCUGCUCCGGCAGCGCAACGAAGCCAGACGGAGCUCCUGGGGAAGCUGAAAGAGGAUGAGGUUCCUGAUGUCGAGUAUGCGCCAACAAAGCCAAAGGGUAGGACUUGCGCUCCCAGCGUGUAUGUUACGGUUAAUAUGGUUAUUGACACUUUUACAGAGCUUCCGGACGAUCCGGAUGAUAUCGUCUAUGAUACGACAUUCCCCCAAUUCCAGCCUCAGAACAUGGCUCGGGGAUGGGAGAAGGUGUACUUCCAUGGCGAGGUUGGGGAGGACGGACUCACCCAGAGAGAGCGCAAGUUCAAGGAAGAAUCGAUCGCGUACGACAAGCUUGUCGACGAAAUGAUCCAGAAAGAGGUGGAGAAUAUCAACAUUCAUGAAGACUCCGAUGAGCCCUCUUGGGAGAUUCAGCCUCAGCGACGAGAGGAGCAAAGUGCCAAAGAGAAUGCGAAGAAGACGCACGCCAGGAGUGUUUCCACUAUCAAGUCUCGAGACGCAGCUGCGGCUCUGUCCCAGUUAAGUGGUCCGUCCUCUUCUCGGUUGAACACUGUGAAGUCUUCCGCAGCUCCUCAGUCAAGCAAGGUGUCCUUGAUUGCACCGAAGAAGAAGAAAACCCCUGCUCCUACCAAUCCAUCCUCGAUGCGUCAUGCUGCUGCAACUGCCAGAUCUCGCACGACCCUGGGCUACUCUAAGGGCAGGAGCGUGUCGUCAGCCCUGAAGGGCAAGACAACCAAGGCAAAGGAAGACCAGUCAGCGUCGAAGAGCAUUCUUUCCCCAGAAAAGUAUAUGCAACUUUACGGACCGCCGCCUCCCGGAAGCGACAUGUGGACCCGCUGCAAAGAAGCCGGUCUUCUUGACGAGGAAGAAAACACCGACGACAAUGGCGAAGUAGAUCUGCCGGUCUACGAAGAGGACGAAGAGACUCGGAAUUUCCAGCUGACUUUAUACUAUUACGAGGGUAUUUCCAAAGUCUUUUCUCAAGCCAUUGAACCAGCUACGAGGAACUGCGUAAUCAACUAUCGGUCCGACACACUGGUACCCUUCCCCCGAGUGCAAUCCCACACCCUUGCAGCGUUGGAAACAACACCCUGCAAGCCUCUCCAUCCCCCAGGACAGACCUCAAUUCGCCGUGAGACAAUGGCGAGAGCACACUCUGAGUCCUCCGAGGACUUUGAGUUCAUCGAGACUCCCGCCGCUCCGGCGGCCACUGCUCCCCCUGAGGAGUGCGGUGUGAGGAGAACCGCGUAUCCUGCGAUCAAAAAUGCCCCUCUCCCGGCGGAUGCGGCAGGUAAUGACAGCUUCUCGAACACACUGCUGAUUACUCUCCUGGUUGGCGUCCCGUGGUACCUUGCUCGCCAGGUGGGCGGCGGCUUCUACACCACCAUCUUCUUUGCCAUCUUCACCACCGUCCCGAUUUUGAUGGUCUUCUGGACCGUCGCGUCCUCCAUCUCUCCCCGCAAGAAUGAGAAGGCCAAGUACCCUGGCCGCCCUGUCGAGUACUACCUGCACUUCCACAACGAGCAUGACCGGGCCAAGUACCGUGGCAAGAGCAAGAUUCCCAUGGAGAUCUUCUACGAGAAGUACUUCAAUGGAGAGGUUGACUUCAAGGGUGACGCUCUGGAGAUCCUGGAAUACAGACACGACUGGGCCAGCUUCCGCUUCACCUGGGGUCUCUACAAGCACUUCCUUACCGGCUUCAUUCCGGAGAUGCUUCUGCACACUCGUUCCCAAGAUGAGGAACAGGUGCGUGACCACUACGACCGUGGCGAUGACUUCUACGCCUGGUUCUUGGGUCCCCGCAUGAUCUACACCUCCGGCAUCAUCAGCGACAUCAACAAGGAAGAGACGCUGGAACAGCUUCAGGACAACAAGCUGGCUGUUGUGUGUGAGAAGAUUGGACUCAAGCCUGGUGACACUCUCCUUGAUCUCGGCUGCGGCUGGGGCACACUGGCCAAGUACGCGUCCGUCCAUUACGGUGCGCACGUCACUGGUAUUACCCUUGGCCGCAACCAGACCAAGUGGGGUAAUAAUGCACUGCGUAAGGCUGGCAUUCCUGAGUCUCAGAGCCGUAUUCUCUGUAUGGACUACCGUGAUGCCCCCCACGUUCCCGGUGGCUACAAGAAGAUCACUUGUCUCGAGAUGGCUGAACACGUCGGUGUCCGUCACUUUGGUAGCUUCCUGUCGCAGGUGUAUGACAUGCUUGAUGACGAUGGUGUUUUCUUCCUCCAGAUCGCUGGUCUGCGCAGGUCGUGGCAGUACGAGGAUCUGAUCUGGGGUCUGUUCAUGAACAAGUACAUCUUCCCUGGUGCGGACGCGAGCACGCCUCUUGGCUUUGUUGUCGACAAGCUGGAAGCUGCUGGGUUCGAGAUCAAGAGCAUUGACACGAUUGGUGUGCACUAUUCCGCUACUCUGUGGCGUUGGUACCGCAACUGGCUGGGCAACCGCGAGAAGGUUGAGGCAAAGUAUGGCAAGAGGUGGUAUAGGAUCUGGGAGUACUUCCUGGCCUCGUCCACCAUCACCUCCCGCCAGGGCGGUGCAACGUGCUGGCAGAUCACCCUAGUGAAGAACAUCAACUCGACGCACCGUAUCGAGGGUGUUCCGUCUCAGUACGGUCUCGCUGGUGCUCGCCAGGCGGCUAUUGACAACGUUGGCAAGGGCACUCUCCCGAGCGCCAACGUCACGCCUAAGGAGGCCUAA